GACCACACAACCCCCACGGCGCGCUUCCUCUCUCCUCGACAAAUUCUUCUUCCUAUCUUAGCAACUGAGGGCUUAUAUCGCCCCACACACAAGCCACCAAUCGAGCUGAUGUAUGCAUAGACCACGAUGAGCUGCAUCAGAAGAACUAGUGCAAUAAUGAGUAGUCUCGCUGUAAGCAUCUUGCUCAUCGUCUCCUUGCUCACUCUUCACCUCCCCAUCGCAUGUGGUCGUCGCCACGUUGUCGUGCUAAAUCCAAGCGAUAAUGGGAUGAUGAACAGCAGAGGAAAGAAGGUUAGUUCCACCGUGGGAGCGGCGGCGGCGGCGGCGACGACGCGGACGGUGAAGAUGCGCGCGGCAGUCAAGCACGGGUACGCGGUCGCCGAGGUGUACGAGAUGCUGAGGAGGGACUACGCGUCCAAGGCGAGGCGCCGCCGGCCGAUCAACAACGGCGCCACGCCGCUGCAGGUGAACAAGAAGCCCUAGAGAGAGCUAUACCGUACGUCGUAGAUUACUUCUUCCCCGCCUCCCCGGCGUGCUCGGUACAUAUAGUUAGAGGCUUAGAGCUACCUGGCUGCUUCCUUCUUCAGGCUUUAGUUGCUAGCCCUAGUAGAUUAGGAGAGGGUUUGGGCACUUAGUUGCCCCAUAUGGAAUAGGAAUGAUGCCUUGUGUGCCCAGCCUUAAUCUAGCCUUCGAGCUGCUGGACAACCUGCUUAGCCCAAUCUGCAGAAACAGCAUGGAUCGAUCAUCCAUGUGCAGAUGGGCGAUUUUGUCACUGGUGUUCAUGCUUGAGGAUAGAUGCCAUGUAGUAUGCACAUCUGCAUCAGUAUCAGGUCGCAGAUGUGCUCAUAUGCCUGAUUGUAUUGUAAUAGCUCCAGUGGUUUACAUGUAUUUUGCACCAGUUCUCGGCUUAUGUUCUGGCGGCAGAUUGUCAUCAGGAAUGACAAUACUUCAACAAGUAGUAUACACAAAAUAAUUCUAUAUCAAAA